AUGUUCAGACGGGUAAUACCGCUUUGCUGCUGGUAUAAUGUGCCCCAACUUUCUCGUGUUGGAAUAUUCCCACUGCACUUGGAUCCACCUACUGUGCAGCACCGUGAACUCUUCCGCCUGCUUGUAGGCGAUACUAAUAAUAAUAACAAUAAUAAUAAUAAUAUUAUUAAUAAUAAUAAUAAUAAUAAUAAUAUUAGCAAUGGGGUUGAUAGUACUAAUAGUAGUACUUCCCUCUGGUAUCUAGAGCCGUUAGCGGAGAGCCUUAAGAAGAGUGAACGAGUCCCCUUUGAUCAUCUCAUUGUAGUUCCCAACACACGUUUUCCAGUCGCACUCCGUCUCUCUACACAUUUAGCCGCACUUACAACGCUGGUGACUCGUGGUCUCCCUCGGGUGCAUGUGGACUUUACCGCACUAGAGCACCCAGAUGAGGAUAUGCCAUGUGUAUAUGAAUUAACCCAGCGAUAUAAGAAUAGUACAUUGGUACAUUGGCUACAAGAUGCACAUGAGAUGCAGAAGUGGGCACACUUUGGUGAUGUUAAGCUGCAUGUGCCAAUGUUACUCUUACAGACAGUCAGUCUUCCGGUUUCUGUAGUAGGUAGACCACCAGAUGCCCGUUUGAUUGAAAAGACACGUUUUGGUAGCAGCGGUAAUAUGUUAUUUGAUACCAACACUACAUCUGAGUUACACCGGCAGAAACCACAUUUACAAGAAUAUCAAGAAAAUGAAGAAAGGAAGCACGAAAAGAAGCACGAUAAGAAAUCUCAAGAGGGAGGCAAACCACAGCAAAUGGAAAAGGAUAGAGAGAGUGCUGUGUGUUUUGAUGAUUGUGGUACCUGUAGCACCUGUGGGAGAUCACCACGUUUAAUGGCGAAGGGUCGUGGAGAAGAAGAGGUAGAGAUUAGCCGUUCAUACAAGAGUAGUUCAACUUCAUCAUGGUUAGCUUCAUCUGAUGACCUUUCUAUGAAUCAUUUAGGGCCCGUCGAUGCUGUUGAUACAAGCAGUUACACCAGUAAGUAUUAUUCCAAUAGCAACAAAAAGACACAAAACAGUAGUAUUAGUACAAGUACUAAUAAUGGUAAUGAUGAUGGUAUUAGUAAUCAUAGCAGUAGUGGUAGCAAUAACAAUAACAGUGGUAGUAGUGGUGAUGGUAGCAAUAGUAAUAGUAAUAGUAAUAGUAGUAAUAGUAGUAGUAACAUGGACACAUGUAUGGAUAAUAAAUACGGUAGUAAAUCCAAUGAUGGUGGUGUACUGCAAGAUAAUUCCACUCUAUCGGGAAAUAAUCCAUUACUAUCUACAGAGAGUGAAGAUAAUGAUACGACCCUACGUGAUACAGUACCAGCACGUCGUAAAGUGCGUCAUCUCAUUGAAGAUCUUUUUUCCACUCCACACGAUGUAGAGAUUGGAGAUACCAACAUUCCCCCACAUGGACCCGCACCGCAUGUGGAAGUACAUGCUGUUCAUCGUUGCACAGGUGCGGAUGUACGACAGGCAUUAUGGGAACGUGAAGUAGAUCCCGCCCUCAUCCUCACAGAGCCUGUGCAUUGUUAUAUUAAAAGCCACAGUCUCUAUCAUGAUUACCGCAAGGAUGCUUCUCCUAAAAUGGCACUUGUAGCCUAUCACAGUUUUAGUAGUAGUAGUGGUAGUGGAGGCGGCGGUGGUGGUGGUAGUCGUAGUAGUGGAGGAGGCGUUGUUGGCGGUGGAGGAGGAUUUGGUGGUAUUCGCCGGAGUAAAGUUGCCACUCUUUGUUUCUCUGCAGCCCUUGCAUUUCCAGGUCUUAUUCCUCGUUUGGAAUUACACUAUGAUAAGAACAAUCUACUAGCACGGGAAUAUUAUGAAAGUCUGAGUGCUUUUCAAGCCUGCGGCGAUGAGGAACCCGAUCUCAUUGUUCCCAUUGGUGGAGAUGGAUAUAUGAUGCAUUGUAUUCGUAAUAACUGGAGUCGUUUUAUUCCUUUUUUUGGUGUCAAUGCGGGUCAUGUUGGAUAUUUAUUAAAUGAUGCCUCUACACUGAGUGAACUCUUCUCUGCCCCAUUAAAACUACAUACUACGACGAUGCUUUACUGCCUUGCUGAGAAGGAAACGGAAACGGGAGAAAAACAUCUUCUCUCUGAACUUGCCUUUAAUGAUGCAUGGGUGGAACGCUCAAGUGGACAAACAGCUCUUAUUCGUAUUCUUGUAAAUGGCGAGGAACGUAUUCGACUUCUCCGCGGCGAUGGGGUUCUCGUCGCUACUGCGGCCGGCAGUACGGCGUAUUGUCGAGCUCUCGGCGCCUCUCCUGUUCCCGUUGGGGCUCCACUCAUUCAAGUCGUGGGAAGUAAUGUCGUCUCUCCUGCCCAGUGGCGGCCUACACAUCUCAAUCAAGAGGAUCAAGUGGAGUUGGAGGUGUUGGAUAGUGCACGAAGGCCGUGUAGAUGUUUUGUGGAUUCGGUGGAUGUUGGGAAUGUUACUCGGAUGUUGGUACGCUCUAGUAGAGCAGCAGGGGUGGUGAUUGCCUUUGCAAGUAGUUGUGAUCUGCAGCAGAAAUUAUAUCAAAUGCAGUUCCCAACAGGAGCGUCAUGA